AUGUUCUUGUUUGAUUGGAUUUGGAAUAUGUUAAGCUUCUUGGGGCUUUACAAUAAGAAUGCCAAAAUUUUGUUCCUUGGUUUGGAUAACGCAGGCAAAACUACCCUUCUUGGUGUAUUAAAGGAUGGUCGUCUUUCUCAAAAUCGUCCAACUUUCCAUCCAACUUCAGAAGAAUUAAGUAUGGGUAAUAUUAAAUUUAGAACCUAUGACUUGGGUGGUCACGAAACUGCACGUAGAUUGUGGAGAGAUUAUUACACAUCAGUAGAUGCUAUUGUCUAUUUGGUCGAUUCAUCAGCCCCAGAACGUUUCGAAGAGAGCAAGAGAGAGUUGGAUGCUCUUUUAUCAUCAGACGAACUUUCAAAUGUUCCAUUCCUCGUUCUUGGUAACAAGAUUGAUGUACCAGGCACCCCAUCCGAAGAAAAAUUGAGAGCUUCCUUGGGUCUCACCCAAACCACCGGCAAAGGAAAGGUCACCCUCAAUCCAGGUGUCAGACCAAUCGAAGUUUUCAUGUGCAGCGUUGUUAGAAGAUAUGGUUAUGGUGAUGGUUUCAAGUGGUUAAGUUUCUAUCUCUCAUAA